AUGAUCAAGACCAGAAACCAGUUACUAUCUAAAUUUAAGAGAUCGGGAGAGAUUUCCGACUGGAAUAUGUACAAACAGCUGAGAAAUAUUAUCACUGCGGCUGUCAAAAAAGAAAAAAAGGCUUAUUAUAGCAAGUACAUUAAUUACAGCGGAAAUCCCAAAACUACUUGGACACAUCUGAAGAAAAUGGGUAUUGUUCAGCAAAAAAAUAAAGUGCUCAGCGCUUCUCUUGCCGAUGUUGACCGUAUUAAUGAACAUUUCAUUAACUCUGUUCCUGACCUGUCCCCCGAUGACGAUCUAUUGUCUUUUUAUGCUGACCGAGAUAACUGUUCUGCUUCUUGCUUAUUCAGGUUCCGUACUGUUGAUGAGAUUGAAGUUUUGGAAUCCAUCAAAUCAAUCAAGAGUAAAGCUGUUGGUUAUGAUGGCAUAAAUAUACUUACCCUCCACUUGUGUGUACCUCAUAUACUUCCACAUAUCACUCAUAUCGUGAAUUAUUGUCUGAAAAAAUCCGUCUUUCCCAGCCAGUGGAAAAGAGCAGUUGUUCUACCUGUGCCAAAGGUGUCUAAUCCAAGGAACUUGAACAAUUUACGACCUAUAAGCAUUUUGCCAACAUUGUCCAAAAUUUUAGAGAAGGAUCAUGUGCAAACAACUCUGGUCACAUUGGAAUUCUAA